AUGGUAAUCUACCCCCGGAAGUUGCGUUGGAUGAAGACAUUUGCUCUCUUUUGGUGGGAAAAUGAGCAACAAUAAGACACGUUUACCUUAAAAUAACCAUUCCUACCGUGGUCUUUGUGAUGUUUAAUAUAACGUCAAGUUAACGGGUUAAAACAGUCACAACAGCGCCCGGUUGGCACACUUAGUGACAGAUAGAUUAUUGGAUUAAAAACACUAGUAGCAGGAAUACCAAAAUGCCAGAAAUCAAACUCAAACACGUCGUAUCCUGCACUUCCGAGGACAAUACUCACAAAGCGGACAACCUGCUGAGCUCAGACACCUACAGAAAGUGGAAAGCAGCGAGAGCCGGGGAGAAGCAGACAUCAGUCAUUCUGCAGUUUGAGAAAGAGGAGCAGGUGCACAGUAUCGAUAUUGGAAAUGAAGGAUCCGCUUUUGUUGAGGUGCUGGUGGCAAACUCUUCAGCCCCUAAAACUCAGGACUACGAGGUUCUUCUCGUCACAUCUUCCUUCAUGUCUCCAACGGAAAGUCGUAACGGAUCUAACCUGAACCGCGUGCGUUUCUUUGGACCCAACCAGCUGCAGAAGAGCACAGCUCAGGAGAAAUGGGACAGAGUCAAAAUUGUUUGCAGCCAGCCAUACAACAAGAACAUAGCGUAUGGAAUCGCCUUUGUUAAGUUCCACUCUCCACCUGACAAAAAUGAGCCUCCAAGUUCCUCCCCUAAAGUGACAAAGCUGGGACAGUUCAGAAUAAAGGAUGAGUCGCCUUCAUCUGGGUCCAGUCUGCAACCCGGAAGUCUCUUCUUUAACCGAGAAAAUGCAAACAAGUCGAGCACUUCACCUAAAGUGUCUCCUCAGAGUGACAAGCUGAGUUACGCUGCUGCUGCUCUGCAGGCAGGUGGAGGCCCUCACCCAUCAGGCCAAGCCUCCUCCUCCUCCUCCAGCUCAGCCUCACCACAGCCACCUGUAAAAAGAAAGUUUGAGUUUAGCAAAGAGCGACUGUCUGCCUCCGGUCCUUCUCCCUCAACCAAAAAGAGUCCUGCUGGUUCUCCUGAGAGCAAAGCCGCCACGCCCAAACUCAAGCCAAGCCCAGCCGCUACGCCCAGCCCAAGCACCACUAAAGUGUCGUCCACUCAGAGAUCCACUGAGAAGAAGAAGGAGGUACAGUCUAAACCGGAGCUUAAACCCAAACCAAAAACCAAACCCCAAAGUGAGCAGCAGGUCCCGUUCAAGAAGAUCAUGGAGGGGGUCGUGUUUGUGCUAAGCGGCUUCCAAAACCCCUUCAGAGGGGAGCUGAGAGAAAAAGCCCUGGAGAUGGGAGCCAAGUACCGCCCAGACUGGACGUCCGACUCCACACAUCUCAUCUGCGCCUUCGCCAACACCCCCAAAUACAGCCAGGUGAAAUCGGCGGGGGGCAUCAUCGUGCGGAAGGAGUGGGUGUUGGAUUGCCACAAGAGGAAACAGAAGAUCUCCUUUAAGCGUUAUUUGAUGGAUGGAGACGAGUCGAGCUCUGAAAGCGAAAUGGAGGUAGACGAAGAUAGCGAGGAAGAAGUGAAGACAAAGUUUCUACAGACUCCGCAGAAAAAGGAGAUACAAGUCACCCCAAAGAAAAGUCCAGCAAAGAGGGAUGAAGAGGAGGAGUACGCUAGAUCCACUGAUGAGGAACCAGGAGCUGACGAGGACGAAUCAGGCGUGGAUACAGAGGAUGAGCUGCAGAGGGUGGAGAAUGAGAGCAGGAGGAAGAAAGCAGCGGCAGAAAGGACAGCGGAGGAGGAGGAGGAUCCUUAUGGGGGGUCGACAGACGAAAACACCGACGCUGAAGCUGAGGAGGAUCAUCCCAUCCCCGAGCUACCAGAUUUCCUCAGUGGAAAGCACUUUUUCCUGUAUGGAAAAUUCCCCAACGAUGAGAGACGACUGCUGUUGCGAUACAUCGUCGCCUUUAAUGGGGUGAUUGAGGACUACAUGACGGAUAAAGUGCAGUUUGUGGUGACCAGUGAAGGGUGGCACGAGUCCUUUGAAGAUGCCCUGAUGGAAAACAGCAAUCUGAACUUUGUGAAGCCUGCAUGGAUUUAUGCCAUCAACGAGCGACAGAAGCUCCUGCCCUACCAGCCUUACACCGUCGUCCCCUGAGCCUCACCCUUCCCUGAACAUCCUCAGAAACUUGAGGUUUGCAAAGCCAUGUUUCACCUCAAAAGGGCAAUAAAUCAGGUUCAGCUCUUCCUGUCUUUACACUGACUUCACACCUUUAGGUUUAAUCUUUUCUAAAGAGAUCAGAAAAAUGGGUUUUGUCCCUCAAGGAUUCAUUAAAUAGAUUGAUUUACAGCUUCCCCAUUAAAGGCUAAAGCAAACAGUAGAAUGAACGUUUUCUUGUGCCACGUAUCACUUGGACACCAUGGAAAAAGCCAGGUCUCUGUUUUUUGUGUGUGUGUUCAAGUGUGCUGCUCCUCCUCGGCCCCCUCAGGCUUCGCGGGGAAAGAGUAAUCGCCCUGUCCUGACUGCCACUCGCAGUGAUAAGACUCAGAAUACAGUUGAAUUAAUGAGACGAAACCCAAAAGUCACAGGAACGAUGUUGCUAGUUUUUCUACACAACAAUGAAAGACAAAAAAAACAACCUUAAAGACAAAAGCAAUUGCAAAUGAAUUUAAGUAGUAGAGAUUUCUUCUUUUUUUUAGAACAUUUCUUCUUUGUGUGUUAGAGUUCAAUCUAUUGCGUUAUUAAUAUUUGUGUUAUAAAUCUACCAGAGAUGGCAAUAAGAACAUAAUUCAUGUGGAUACGUUUGAAAUAGUGUUUGCUUUGGGUUCUUACAAAGUAGUUUUUUAACUCAAGCUUUUUUUUAUCAUUAUUAUUAUUAUUAUUAUUAUUCUAUUGUUGCUGUUGUACCUAAUUCAUUUUCAUAAUAAAUAAAAAAAGAAGCA